AUGGAUAUGUUUAAUGAAUCUAUUGGUGAAGAUAGUUAUGCGGAAAGUGUGGUUGAUGAAAAUAAAAAAGCAACAAUUAUUAAUGAUAUGCUAAGUUAUCGAAGAUAUGCAACACAAUUUAAUUUGAAACAUAAACCAGAUGUAACAUCAGCAAUAUUAUUUUGGCAAUCGUUUGCAGGACAAUUUCCAGUUUUAGGAAAACUAGCAAAAAGAAUGUUAAGUACCCCUGCCUCUUCAGUACCUAGUGAAAGUUGCUUUUCCAUGUCAGCCUUUUUAAGUAAAAAAGAACGCUCACGUUUAAGCGGUGACAAUCUGUCAUCAAGCGUCUUAAGAUAA